AUUGCAGGAUUCGACAUGCCUAAAAAAUUCGCCAACGAAAAUCCAAAGGUUAUAGCUGCCCGAGAACGUAAAGCCGAAAAGAAGAAAGACGAGCAGGAGCGAAAACAAAAGGCCGCUGAAGACGCAUAUUGGGCUGAUGAUGAUAAACUGGUACAUAGAAAGCAGCAGCGUAAGGAAGAAGAAGAAAAGAAACGGUUGGAAGCUUUGAAACGAAAAGAGGAGAACCGAAGGCUUGCUGAAGCUGAAAUGGAACGACUUGCCUCUAACACAGGAGCGUCUCAUCCGCAAAAAGUUACAAGAGCAGAGCUUGAGCAGCGCAAAGAGGCUGAAGCUCGUUUGCGGUUAGAAGAGGAGAGGAAGAUGAAGUUAGCUGCCGAGAAACUUGAGGUCGUUGAAGAUAUAGAGGAGAACGUCAAUCAGCUGGAGGUUGACGGAGAAACUGCCACAACGGUUUCCGAAGCAAUCCAGAUACUUGGAGGUACAACUGAAGAAGUUGACAGGCACCCAGAGAAGCGAAUGCGAGCAGCUUACCUUGCUUUCGAAGAAGCCAACCUACCACGAAUGAAACAAGAGCAUCCCACUUAUCGUUUGUCUCAACUAAAACAACUUCUCAAAAAAGAGUGGCAGAAGUCUCCUGAAAAUCCUCUAAUAGCUAAGCUUAUGGCUCUCUCCGCCAAAUAA